AUAACACAAUGGGAAGACUGAAUGGGGAUACAAAUGCGGGUAAACAACACUUCAGCCAUGACCACAUCUUGAAACUAAUUGCCAAUCCAACUGAAACUCUCACUUGCAAUGCUUGUGAGCAACCAAACAAUACUAACAAGCCUUUCUACGGCUGCAACACCUGCCAAUAUUUCCUCCAUGAAAACUGCUUUAAUGCUCCACGUUUUCUCAAUCACUCGUCUCAUCCUUCCCACCCCUUGACCCUUCACCAAAUUCCGGCUUACGCGGGUGGUUCCUAUAUUUGCAGUGCUUGUGGCUCUGUUGGAAAUGGAUUUUGCUAUAACUGUGCUGAUUGUGAAUUUGAUCUUCACUUGCAAUGUGCAUCCUGUCCGAGCUCCAUACUUGUUGAUAAACACACCCAUCAAUUGGAGCUCCACUUCGAUUCUCCUGACGAAGACAAGGAUAGCAAAUAUGUUUGCGAUAUCUGCUUUGUAACGAUGAGCAAUGACAAUUGGUUGUACUAUUGCGCUGGCUGUGAUUUUGCGUCACACUUGUACUGUGCGAUAACUAAUCCUGAAGUCGGUGUUUUCCCCAAACAGCAACAUCCAAAUCCAAAUCCAAGUCAGAAUUCGAAUUCAAAUUCAAAUUUAAAUCCAAAUGCGGCGGUGGAAAUGAUAAAUUCAGUGAAUGCUGCUCAUGAGCGGCUUAUAGCAGCUCAAAUUCGCGCUCAGAUAGCGGCACGAGGAAGACAGGCUGCUCUGGACAUAAUCUAG